AAGAAAAGUGCUGCACUAGACAGACAUUUUCCCAGUGCGACUCGGUGUUGAAUAGAAAUCUCGAAAGAAGACACUAGAACACCAAAACCCAAGAACACAGACCAAGUGAACGAGAAGUGAGUGCAGUGUUUCUACCAGAUCCAGACCCAGACCCAGAGGAUAUUUCCAAAGGAUUACCACGAGGCGUCUGCCACAGAAUGCACACACACCCAGCCCUGCUACUAGUCCUGGCGGUUGCCACCGGCCUGUGGGCCAACGUGGAUGGAGCCGCCACGGGAGCACCAUCGGCCACGGCCACCACACCUCAGCCGAAGGGCUUCUCGGCCCGUUCGCUGGACCUGAGUGCCCGCGGCGCCGAAGAGGAGGAUGACUUCGAGACCCAGGCCCAGACGCAUCUAGCCUACAGGCAGCAACAACAUCAACAGCAGCAGCAACAGCAGCGGCCGCAGUACGAGUACAGCGAGGAGGACCAGGAGGAGGCACCGCGCCAGGUUUACAUCAAUCGGAAUUCCAAGCAGCAGAGCAACUACCUGAAGCAACAGCUUAAGAAGCCACUGAGCGAGGAGAGCGAGGAGGAGGAGGAAGAGAUCGAGGAGCCCGACCGUCUUUCCACGCUGCUGAGCAAGUCAACCUUCAGCUGCACGGACAGGAACUCGGGCUAUUACGCGGACGAGUCGCUGAGCUGCGAGGUGUUCCACUACUGCCAGGAGAGCCAGAAACACUCGUGGAUCUGCCCAGAAGGCUUCACCUUCCACCAGAUCCACCUGAUCUGCAUGCCACCCUCUCACGACAACAUCUGCAAGCAGUCCUCCAAGUACCACAUCGUCAACGACUACCUGUACAAGCCCAUCAACCUGCAGGAGCACCAGAGCAAGCCCAACGUGACGCUCCGCUACUCGGAACGCUACUUCCCCGAGAACUACUACGAGCACGAGCGCUACGACGACGAGGAGGAGGAGCUGCCCGCAGCACCCAGGCCCCGUAUACAGCAUCAGCAACAGCACCAUCAGCAGCCCCAGCAGCAGCAGCAUCGUCAAGUGGUCGCCUAUCAGCAGCCACAGGUCCAGCAUCAGCCACAGCCUCAAGUGCGUGUCCAGUAUCAACAGGCGCAGCAGCAGCAACAGGUCACACAAAUCCGCCACCAGCCACAGCCGCAGCCGACCACCCUGGCCUACCGCAAGCCCCAGCCCACGACGACCAUCCAGCCACAAUUGCAGUUGCAUCAGCUGCACCAGCCCCAGUUGCAGUUGCACCAGCAGCGGCCCCAGACAUUGGCGCCCACUGUAACGCCGGCGCCGUACCGCUUUUUCACUGCCGCCCCACAGCUGCAACAUCUGCAGCAGCAGCAUCAGCAGGUCUUCCGUACGCCCGAGGAGAUUAAUAUCUCGCUGCAGCAGCGGCGGCCGCAGGUGUUCAUUGCCACAACGCCAAGGUACUACGAGGACGAGUACCUCUACGAGCGCCGGAAGUGAGGAGUGAGCAAACAAUCUUGUCGUUCCACGCCCUCCCCUUCCCCUGCAAUCCGCCACUUGUGUACAUUUCUCCCUCCCCCGCCAGUUUGGGGUCAACUCUUUUAGCUUUAAGCUGUGCUCCUGCUCCUGCUCUCUGUCCCUGCUGGCAAGGGAAGCGCUGAAAAUUGAGCCUCCAUGUGACGGUCUCCGUCGCCCCUUGUCAGCUCCAAAUUCAUAGCGCGAGUUUUGUGUACCUAUUCGUAAUAUUUAAUGUCCUGCUAGAAGAAUCCGCCUUCUAACUCAAUUCGUUAAUAAAGGAAGCCACAUUUAAGUUA